AUGACGACUGUCAUUACUAGACACACGUCCACCAUUUCUCUAGUUUCGCAGAAUUCGGUACAACUGGAGGCUGGGUUAUUAGUUCAGUGCCUUAAUCGCUACAAGGAAUAUCUUGAGUGCGGUUGUGAGAAGGUUUUGAACUCCAAAUUUUCGAAAAAGGGAAUAGGUUCAAAUGUUUUGAACAAUCCAAAUCCGUCAUUCGGCGAUGACACCGCUGAUACAGCAUCGUCAAGCAUUUCAGGCGGUACCGGUUUUGAAAAUAUCACAUCUUCAGUUGUUCGAAGACUGGAUGCUGGAGCACGCGAGAGUUUAGGUCAGCACUUAAUUCAGUUGUUGGCCACUAUUGUCUUACCCGAUCCUCCUCAAUCUAUAAGCGAAGUAGAUACUCGUUUAGUGGAUGGUUUGCCAGGCAUUCCGGAUAAGUUAAUGCCAUCCGAUAGUAAUAUGGAAAGUUACCGCAAUUUAGCUGAAAAAGGACGCAAAAAAAUGUUGAACUUACCAUUUGAUAAAAUAUUUACUGCCCUAAAAGAAUUCAGUGGACGUUUUAACUUUAAUGUAUGCAUUUAUAUCGUUGCUAUAGCUGAACAUGUGAUCGGAAAUUUUUUGCAGGCGGCUAUUUGCUACGAAGAUAAAGCUCUGACUGAAAAUGUUAUUCGUGCAUCAACUGUCGAGAAAUUGUUUAUCUUGUAUCGAGAUCGUGUUAAACCGCGUCGUAAAAUGUUUGAACAUCGUUUAGCAACAGCUAAUCUUUUUCCUCAAGACUACGAUAAGUGUGUUGAUGAAUUAUGUAGUUUUCUGCAUACGUGCUUAGAACAAAUGAAUUUAUUGAUACGUGUAUUUCGUGAACCGAUAUUAUCAGUGAAUCCAUCGUCAUCAACAACAGGAACAUCUUAUGAACAACAAACAACAAUGUGUACACAUACCAAUGAAGAUAAUACACAAGUAUUAUUUGGUAACAUAUUAGAUGUGUAUAAUAAUAUGCGUAUUUUAUUGGAUACUAUUGAAGCCGAAGAUGAAGAUAAUUAUUCACCAAAUAUUGUAAAAUCUAAGAAUAGUUGUACAUUGUUAACAUCAACAACGCCGUCAUCGGAAAUGUUGAAUAUUGUUAAACCACUGAAUACUUCUAAUAAUAGUACUCUUAUUACUAACGGAAAUGAUAAAACGACGUUAAUGGAUUCAUUGUCUGAAACACUUACUACACUUGAAUCAAUACCAGAAAAACAAUUAUGUAGUGAUGAUAAUAGAAAUGAAAUGAAGAACAAUAUUAAACACAAUAACGAGUGCACUAAUGGAAAUAUCAGUAAUAAUUCAUCAGGAUCAACAUUUCAUUCACCCACUUCAACUGAUCAUACAUUCUCAAAUGAUGAUCAUGACGAUCGUUAUCCUCACCAUAAUAAACCAAAUUCAUCGAUCAACAAUCAUGAUAAUAGCGGUAGUGGUAGUAGUAAUAAUAAUAAGAAUAAAACUUAUCCUAGACGUCUAGUUGGUAUAUGUUUAAUUGAAUUGGCUGAAGAUGAUUCAUUGCAUGCAUUCAGUCGAUAUGCUAAUAUUGUACUAGAUUCUAACUCAAGAGAUCGUGUUUGGAAUUUAAUUGAACAUGAAAGUUAUGCACAGGAAUUAUGUCAAUUAAGUCGAACUAUUGUGCACACAGCUUCGUUGAAUAACAAAUACCCUGGAUAUAAUUUCUUUUCAUCUUCAACAACAGCAACAACAACACCAGUGACUGACUUUCAUUCAUUUACAUGUUUGCACUGUCAGCACUGGGAUACAGUUGUUACUAAACCGCGCAGAAGAUCCACUUCAACAACUGUUACCCCUUUAAACAAUGACAAUAAUUCAUUCAAUGUACAUAAUAAAAAUACCAUGUCCACUUCUGUAGAUUCAGCAGAUAAAUUUGAUUUGACAUCGAAAAUGCCAUUAAAUCGUCAUCACCAUCGUUCACCUCAUUUAUUAGGAAUGAAUACUACAUCUUAUGCAAUUAAUUGUAACUAUUUAGUAAAUGCUACAAGAUACUUACUUCCACGAAUAAUUCUACUGCCAAUAUUUCAUUUUUUUUAUUUUCAUGAAUUAAUCGAGACGUUACAUCGGUGUGCUUAUGAUGAAGUUGAGCGGGCACGUUUAGAAGAUGUGCUUAGUAUGCUGAGGAAGACACGGGCAACACUAGAACGAGAUUUAGCUAAACAUCCAUGGGUUGCUUUGCAUUUAGUACGAUUGAUAUCAACUGGUCAGUUGACUGACCGUUAUCGUUCAUUAUAUUUGAAUGCUGUUUCUGGUGCUUCUUGUCCACCAAGUCCUGUGAACUAUACGGCUCCACCAUCACCUGUUAGUCUUUCAAAUCAAAUUGGGAGUCAUGUCUCAUGUGCUUCUAUGUUCAAUACAAAUUGUAAUGCUUCGUCUAGUAAUAUAUUCAAUUAUCAUAAUACUCAUCAUUCUGUGCCAACAACAGCGAUAACGACAACACCAGUAUCGAUUAAUCCUGCUGAUCUAUCAUUCACAUAUAGCAAUACUGUUCAAAAUAAAGCCGAGGAAAUUGAAAAACUCUUAAGUAGUAAAGAUAAGUUAAUUAUGUCAAGUAAUUAUAUUAACACACUUGGUGAUUUUGUAAUGGAAAGUCGUGUACAUUUACGUACUACUGAUUCGAAAAAAUCAUCCAGUGAAUAUAUCGCCUAUUUAUUUACUGGUCUCUUAUUAAUUUGUAAAUGGCAAGAACGUCGUUCAACUCCAUUAAAUCCAAAUUCCAUGCAGCAGUCUAUUUUACGUAUUAAACAUCGUAUACCACUUGAUUUAAUUCAUGUUACUGAUUUGCCUCCAAUAGUUCAACCAAAUUUAAUUGGUUAUGUUGGUCAUAGUGGUCCAAUGACACCGUCUUUAGUUGGCGCUGCUGUUCUAGCUGCGACAUCUUCAAAUAAUAGUUAUUCGCAUAAUAUUAAUAAUAAUACUGCAUCUAAUAUGAACCCACAUGAAGAACCGUCAGCUACUGGGCUAUCAGCAUCAGGUUUUUUCUCGUCAAAUUUUAAUGGAUCUAUUUCAAGUCAUCCAAGUUUAGCUAGCUCUAGUGGCUCAGGAGGAAUCAGUGCAUUUCCAUUUCUUUUCGAAUUAGAAUAUGUUGAUUCGAGUUCAUGUAGUCCCACAACGCUGCAGAAAUCGUUAAAUCAUUCCUAUAAUCGUCAUCAUCAUCACUAUAUGUGUCAUCCUGGUUCACAAAAAUCAUCCAUUGGAAGAAUAAACUACAAUGAAGAAGUAACUACUGCCACUACUACUACUAUUACUACCACUACCACUUCUAUCAAUGGUUGUAACGAAGGAAAUUCAACUCUGAAUAGUCUUUCUUCAUCAAAUAGUGCUUCUGAAAAAUUCACCUUCACUAAUUUAUCAUCUAGUAUCAAUGUUAAUCAUAUUCGAAUAUUUUUACGAACACCCGAAGAAAAAGCGGAUUGGAUAGCUAGUUUGCUAAGUAUUCAAAGUUAUCGGCUAUUUAUACGGUAUAUACGAACUUUACCCAGACUGGAAGUCUCACUUCGUUUGCCAUCCUCGCACAUUUACAAAUUUAGUCAACCUGAUAGUAUGAACAAUAUUAUAUUUGAAACAAAUGUGCCAAUAUCUAUGUUAUAUCCUUAUAAGAAUAAUGCGAUUACAAGUACAAAUCAACAUGAACAACAGCCUAUAAUUCAAUCAACUGAUGUAACAAAUCAUUUUGAUUCUGGUAAAAUACGUUUCAAUGAAUCAUCUAGUUAUUUAUGUACAACAGGUGAUACUAGUCCAGAUGGUGAAAGGGAAGAGGAAGAAUUAGAAGGAAAAGAUGAAGAUGAUGAAGGUGAUGAUGACGAUAAUAAUGGAGUAUUGAUAGGAUCGCAUUCUUUAGCGUCUUCUAAUAUUGUUGUUAAUUCUUUACCUCUUUCAUUAGUAAUUGGUCUAUCAUCACAAUCUUCACCGAUAACAAGUACAUCAUUAUCAUCAAAUAUUGAAAAUUCUACUACGACUAUUAAUCAUAAUAAAAAUUUUAUCGGCACUGAACGUAGUGAUGAUCGCAAUGGAGAGAUAAUAUUAUCUGGAAGUCAUGAAAAGCAAGACAGUACUACUGUUAUGAUAUCAAUGUUGAGUAACAGUGGUUCAUCGAGUACAUUAACCCUGACUAGUCAUGGAUCAUCUAAUGAUUAUCAUAAUAAUAACAAUAAUCCAAACCAAACUCUUACGAAUGGUCGUACCAGUACAAUAAAAUCUUUGCGUGAUUAUGCUUUUCAACGACAAUCAUCGCAAUCCCCUAUUCGGUCUACUGAAAUUGUCAAUCAACGCUUUUCUAAUUCAUCCAGUUUUCCACCACAAAUACGUAUGGCUACAUUAGAUAAACUAAUUGAACGGCUCACCUAUCCAACUUAUUUUGACACACGUUUAGUAAAUUGUUUCCUAUUGGUUUAUAGACGUGUUACUACAUCAGAUGAAUUGUUAGAUUUACUCAUUGAAAGGUUUCGUAUACCUGAUCCGGAAUUUCUACCUGAAGAAUGGAAUAUUGAAGUAGAGCAGGGUCAAUUGGAAUCUCCAGCACAGCAUAUGCUCAAAAGAUUUCGUUCAGGAUAUAAAAAGCGUAUUCAGUCUAGAGUGAUAAUGUUCCUAUCCCGUUGGGUUCGUAAUGUACGUUAUUAUCAGAAUGAUUUCGCUCCUAAUCCUCGACUACGUCAGAAACUGUUAGAUUUUUUAUCGAGUAUACAAGCUAGAUAUUUAAUUUCGUCUGUUGAACGUAUUAAACAUUAUUUGCAAAAUCCUCCAAUUUCUACACAAUAUCCUGAAACAAUGAUAAGAACAAUGGAAACAAGUAAAGAUAAUGCGGAUUUAUUGCCAAUAUCAUCAUCAUCUGACCCAACAUCUGUAUCACCAAUCGAAUCAAAUCAAUUAAGAAAUUUCGCAAAUCGUAUAACCUUAAAUAAUAUUCAUCCUUUCAAAUUAGCUGAACAGGUUACAUUAUAUGAAUGGGAAUUAUAUCGACGUAUACCAUUUUGGGAAGUUGAAAGUCGCGAUCGCACUGGUAAUGCUGUACCUAAUCUGAAUAAAUCAAAGUCAUUUUCAAAUCGUUUUCGCAGUUGGUUAAUCUAUUCGAUACUUAGUGAAGCACACCCAGAUGAUCGAAUAGUUGGCAUCCAACGUGUUAUCGACUUGAUGUUAAUUAUGGAGCAUAUGAACAAUUUACAAGGAAGUCAGGAAGCCAAGUCAGCAUUGAUUAGUGCAGCCGUGUAUCGUUUGAGGAAGUCAUUUCAGGCUAUUCGUCGAAUGCGACAUUAUCGUGAAAUAGUUGAUCGUCUAAGACGUGAAGGUGUUCACAAUCCGAAAUGUCAGCGAACAUCCUCUUCGUGCUCAUCAUCAUCAUCAUUAAUAUCACAUCAAAACAAUCCAAUGAUCGAUUCAAAUCUAUCAGCAAAUCAUCCUAUUCAUAACAACAGUACUAACAAUACUACUAGUAAUAAUAAUUCAAUAAAUAGUCAUUUUGCUAGUUUCGGUUUGCCAUUUUCAACUGGAACAAGUAAAUCACAUGAACGUCGUAUACGCGUACUAGAAAAACAACAUGCCUCUGGUGAAUCAUGUCAUCCAUGUGUUCCAUAUAUAGCUGCUGGAGUAAUGACACGUCUAAUACACUUAGAUUUACGUCAUCCAGAUACAAUUAUAAAUGACGUUGGUAAUGUAAUGAUUAAUUGUUGGAAACAUCGUCAAUUAGCUGAUAUUGUUGAACGUUAUUUAGCAUUUCAACGUAUUCCAUAUACAUUUAAUGUAGAUGAUAAUAUACGAGAAUUUUUAGAACAUGUUGAUCCAUUUGAACUAGCUGGCGUUUCAUCUGAGGCAGAGUUUGAAAGUAAAAUGUAUCAGUUAUCUGAGUCUUAUGAACCAAGGGAUACUGAGACGGUGAAUGAACCAAUUAUACCGGAGGAACGUCAUAUGACUAAAGAAGAAAUACAAGCUGCACAAUUACUCAGUAAUGCUCCAUUAAAAGAACGUAUAUCAGUACCGUCUGUACUUCAGUUUAAUAAUUUGCUAAAUUCACCUAAUAUUACUGCUAAUGCCAAUAAUAGUAGUGCUAAUAAAUCACCACUAUUAUUAUUAUCAUCAUCGUCAUCUACAGCAUUCACUACCAGUGUUGCUACUGAUAGUACAAAUGAACAUAAAAAUUCCUCAAAGAAAUCUAGUCAUCAUCCUUCGUCGUCGUCACCAUCAUCACAAAUCAGUGUAACUAUUAUUAAUAAUGGUAGUAACAGUAGUAAACAUUCUCAUAGUGAGAUACAAGAACGUAAAUAUUUACGUAUUCCCAAUGCAUUUUCUGUAUCUUCACAUACAUCCAAUACAACUGUAUCAGGCGCUAAACAUCAACACAGUAUGUCUGACAGUCAUGUCAUUUCUCCGAUAAUUUCUCCCUGUCAUCAAGCAGCAAAUUCAGUGAUUGGAGUAACCACCUACUCUGCUACUACUGGGUUGUCACCGCCAUCAACUCCUUAUCCUUCUUCAUGUGUUGGUUGCUCGCAUCAACCACCACCUCCACCAUUACCGCCUAGACAAAGCCGUCAAAGUUGUAAUUGUUGGAAACAUUCGAAAGCUCCAAAUUCCACUGGUACAACUCUGCACAGAAUACCUACUCCACCAUCUUCUCUUCAUUCAUCGAAUACUUCCUGUGCUUUCUUUUCAACUAUGGAAAAUUGUAAGUGUUUACCACCACCUCCACCCCCUCUACCUCCAAAAUUAAACUACUCUAUUCGUUCGACUGCAGCAACAACAACAACUGCUCCUGUCACCCACAGUCGAUCUCCCGAAGAGUCUUCUCCUAAUCAUUCGAAUUUUUUUCAAUCAGUCACAUUCACUCCAGAUACUACUACUACCACCACCACUGAGUGUAGUAUUGUUGA